AGCAGCAGCAAACCCAAAUCUGAAAAUGGAUCUGCGGCGUUCUAUGUUCUUUGGCUUAGGUUUUCUUGUAUUGUCUGUCCUAUACAGUGACAAUGCUGAAGGGGUUAGAAUGUGUGGAAGACGCCUAGCAGACCUUCUCAACUUCGUGUGCGGAAAGCAUGGUGGAUUUCAUGCACCCAGAACAGCGAGAGAAGUAUCCAACCGAAGUUCCAACAAAACAUCAGUCGUUGGGUUACUUUCUACGCUGUCCCGCAGAACGCUUAACUCAGACAAUCAAGGGACAGCUGAAAUUGAAAUGACAUCAAAUCUCCGCGGCGGUGUAGUCGACGAAUGUUGCAGGAAGCAAUGCUCAUUCACUACAUUGCUAUCAUACUGUGCCGAUUCCCAACAUGUUGGAAAUAUUGAUCUUGAGGAAAUGGUUCCACCAGGAAGUGAACCAGCAAUUUCAGCUGAAGAUAUAGCAGAAUUCCAUGAUGGAAUGACGGAGUCCAGCGCCCUUCUAUCUCCCCCUGCAUCCACCACGGGUUUCCAUUCCAGUCGCCCCAACUUGGGUCAAUUCAUGCGCAACAGGCCCGUCUUUAUAGUCUUGUCCCAGCUGCAAGAAGAUGAAGAUCGUUCACUUGGAGACUACAGAUUUUAAAGACGUUUCAGGAGGC